GUUUACCCGCCUUCGACGCUUAUCCUGUUCCUCUCUCCUUUGGCAGUUCAUCAUGUUCUCCCAACAACAGCGAAGCCUCGUGGAGCACCAUCUUGUCAACGGAGUUUCUAUAACCGACUACAACGAUACGGCCGUAGCGGAGCUGAUUACAUUCCUAACGAUCACGAGGAACGUGUACGCCAAAAGCCCGCCCAUCUGGCGCUCUCCUCUCCUGAAGAAUAGGGCCGAAUCAUCCCCGGAGUUUUUACGACGCUGGUCCCUGGACUGCUUGGAGCUGGACCUGCGUUUGGCUGAAUUAGGCUCUCUCGGGACUCCUGUUAUCUGUUCCUCGUGGUGCAUCGCGCAUCACUAGGACCAAUUAAUUUCUGCUCCGAGUGGGUCACGUAGGAGGACACCCACUCUCCCCAUGGUUAUCAGCAAGAGUCUGUGGCAUCUGGUAAAGCUACAUGGUCGCGUGGCUUUCUUGUCUGCCGAUUUGCUAUCCAUGGCAUACACGUACCGGGCCUGAUUGCAUUCCUAACGAUCAGCCCGGGCAACAUUUACCUCAACCCAAUAUAGAGUGUCUUCUCUGCUUCAUAAGGACAAGAGUAUCUUUUUGUGCGGAUGGUGAAUGGCCAUUGUGUUACUUUCAGCCCUGUUCAUCUGCUUUUGGUCUGGGCUUACCCUGCGUCGUGGCUCGUUCUCUCUCCGCUCUUGCGUACCAGCAAGGCUGCUUACUUUCCGGUGUGUCGACACGUUCAUAUCACAAGAACAGUAUCAUGAACAUGCAAUAGGAGCAUGUGGUACUCGUGAAGGCACAUCAUGGGGUAGCCCUACUCCUCAACGGAUUUUCUAUCUACGACACGCGCGGCCCGAAGCUGAUUGCACUCCCCGAGAUCUGGAGAAACGUGUACCUGGACCCAUCUCUCCUAACUAUGGAAGAUAAAACUUUUUUUCCGUCAUACCAACUCUGGACUAUGUCUUGUUGCUUUCCUCCUUUUGUGCACCAGCAGGCAAGGUCCCUUUCCUCGGCGCCAAUGCGUUCACGUCACAGGAUCUCGCCUAAGCCUGAUAUACAACACAACAUGAUAGUGUAUGCUCCGCUCACGCCGAGGUUGCACCGCAAUGCUUUCACUUACACAGUGGCUGGACAGUCAAGUAUUAUUCUACAUGAAAGUCCGGUCUCUUCGGAACUCUAUAGCCUAUAUGAAGCGACUUUCCGUGGCCACUCUCUUUGACAAGUCUAACAAGCCAUGGAUCCUCUGAAGGACAUUUCUCUUGGCAGCGCUUCGUUCAGCUUCUGGGGCGGAAUAUCCGUUCUCAUUCUUCUUAUCAUCCUCACUGGUCGCUCUGUCUACCGGAAGGAGCACACGACGAGUCGCUUUCCUCCUGGUCCCCGCGGUCACCCUCUAGUCGGAAAUCUCUUCCAGAUCCCGUCCACGUUCUUCUGGUAUCAGCUGGAAACAUGGUUUGAGCGUUUCGGUCCUGUGUACACUAUCUGGAUGGCGAGUCAGCCUAUCGUGGUUCUCAAUACUGCAGCAGCAGCGGCAGAGGUCCUGGACCGUCAAUCCGGGAUAACCUCUGGAAGACCGCGUAGCAUCAAGGGAUCUUUCUUCGGCACUGAUCAAAUUCUGGGCACCAUGGAGUAUUCACCCCGUUGGCGUGCGGGGAGACGAGCCAUGCAUGCAAGUUUUAAUCUUCGCUCGACCGUCCGCUUUGCUCCUCUCCAAGCUUAUGAUGCGAUCAACCUCUGUCUCGGUCUUCUCCGCCACCCCGAUAAACCUCUUGAUGUACACAUACACAGGUUCUCUGCAUCGGUCAUCUUUCGAUGUCUGUAUGGCCACGACGGGUUCUCCCUUGAUGGAGGGGAUCCAAGCCUCAACAUGCGCAGGCUGACCGACGAGUUGAUGCAGGCGGUAUUACCUCAGAACAGCAUUGUCGAUAUGUUUCCAUUCUGAAGCCCCGUGAUCCGACGGUUCGAGUGGUUGAGAAGCCAAGCAAAACAAUGGCAUGAAGAAAUGGAUCGUGAGGGAAAGGGGCUAUAUGAUGGCGUCAAUCUAGCUGCUAUGUGGCCAACCUUUGUGGGCGACAUCAAUACCAACAUGCAGAAGUAUGGGAUCGGGGAAGAGGAGGCUGUUUGGCUCGCAAUGACUGUCUAGCCAAGAAACAACUGCUUACGCUCUCCGUG